AUGAAGUCCAACCUAAUGCAUUUGGUUCCUCCAGUGAGUAGGGACAGAAUAAUCUCCCAGUUUCCCAAGUGGUACACACCUGAGGCCUGUCUGCAGUUCAAAGAGCAUUUCCAUGCACAGGUCAGGACUGCUUGUCAGCAAAGCACUGGAACAGUUGGGCUGAAAAUAUCAAAAGUGGUUGUGGUAGGAGACCUGUAUGUUGGGAAGACCAGCCUUAUCAACAGAUUUUGUAAAGACAGUUUUGACCGGGACUACAAGGCAACCAUUGGAGUGGAUUUUGAAAUUGAACGUUUUGAAAUAAUUGGCAUCCCAUAUAAUCUCCAGAUAUGGGACACAGCAGGUCAGGAAAAGUUCAAGUGUAUUGCAUCUGCUUACUACCGAGGAGCAGAGGUUAUAAUAACAGUGUUUGAUCUGGCUGAUAUCCAGACUUUGGAUCACACCAAACAAUGGCUAGAAGAUACACUGAAGGAGAAUGAGCCGAAUUCCAGCAUCAUCUUUCUGGUUGGAACAAAAAAAGAUUUGGUGUCAGAUGCUGUGUGUGAAAGGACAGAGCUAGAUGCCAUCCGCUUUGCCAAUGAGGUACAGGCAGAAUACUGGUCGGUUUCAGCCAAAACGGGGGAAAAUGUCAAAGAGUUCUUUUCCCGAGUUGCUGCCUUGGCCUUUGAACAGUCCAUGAUAAAGGAGAUGGAGAAAACUGCUGGACACAUGGCCCAGAUUGGGGCAGGGAAUCUCAUCAAACUGGAAAAGAACAUGAUGGAAAUCCCAGAAGGCAACACUCAAGUCAGUCUGAGUUGCUGCUAA